AUGGCGGAAACUGCAGUAAAUGAUCGGCCUGCUGCCGCUGCUGCUUCCGCGCCUGGUGCGACGGGAGCAGGAGCAACGCAGGCAGCACCUCAGGAUGACCAAUCGCAAGGCGGCUCCUUAAAGCCGUGCUUUCUCUCGAAGCUUCAGCAGAGCACGCCGAACUCACCGUCUCUCUCCUCCCCCACAACUCUCCCUGCCCUCAAGCCACACGCACCUCCUUUCUCUCCAACCCCAUCCUCCUCCUCCCCGCAAGUUCUCUCGUCUUCCCUCUCUUCCUCCGGCUCUUCCCCCCUCACCACCUCCUCCCGCGACUCUUUCUCCGCCACCCCCGGCAACUCCGCGCAGCUCGCGUCGUUCCGCGGCCGCUCCCCCUCCCCCACGCCCCCCGACCCGUCGCGCAUCUGCCUCAACCCCAACGCUGCAGCGUUCGUUCCGUGCUUUUCCGGCGCAGGCGGAAACGGCGGAAGCGACGGAAACGGCGGAACCGGCGCGGGUCCUGAAGGGGGUAGCGGAAGCGGGGAAGGCGGCGACGGCGGAGAAGGGGGAGCUAAUGCUCACUCGGCGGAAGGGAACAUGUAUGCGCAGGCAAAUGCGCACGGGGAGGGUUCCUCUAGUCGUGGAUUGUCAGCAGAGGAAGCCAACUACGAAGGUUCCUCUUUAGAUAGAAUUCCGUCUAACACCUCGGUUUCAUCUGACGACGAGUAUCGUCGUUACGUUAGGGAUCAGCUUCCAGACGAGCUUAUCAGCUUCGACGAGCAGGACACUCCGAACCUCAACGGCAGCCUUCUCCCGCCGGACCUAGACGGGCUUGGCUCGGCAGAUUCCGAACAUGGAGGCGGCAUUUCCGGGCCUGGGGGCGGAUCUCGUCCCGGCGCCGAGCGCGGGCCUGGGGGUGAAUAUCUGAUUCAUAGUAAAGUGGGCAUGCGGGGCAGCGGGGAGGGGCGGGGCUGGAAUCCGGACGCGCGGAGUUACUUGGCGGAGCUUCCCCCCGACCAUCCCUUGCACCACGCCUCCCCGCAUCAGCACCAUCUCCCCCCGCACCUGCGCCAAGGCCCCGGUAGCGCUUCCGCCAGCCCCAUGUCCCACGCGCGGCAUUCCCUAGGCGGACCUCCUGCUUUCCCCGAUCACGAGUUUGGUGGGGGCUCCCCGGCGUCGUUUCCGCGGAACCCUCCGCCCUCCAGCCCCGCCGCGGCUGCGCUUCUUGCGCGGCUCGACCUUGGUGGGGGCGGAGGCGGCGGAGCAGGCGGAGGACCGCCUCCGCCCACCGCGCAGCAGCUUGCGGAGCUGCUAGACGGGCCUGCGCCUGGACUUGGGGGGCUUCCCCCUGGAGCAGGAUACCCCUUCGAUAACUAUCCUCCCCCGCAUUUCGACCACUUGGGGGGUGGAAACCAUCCGCGCCCGUCCAACUCUCUCCCCGCUUCCCCCGCCCCCGCUGGUGUGCACCGCUUCAAUCCCGCUCUCCGCGGCAGCCCGCUCCAUUUCUCUCCUGCCCGCCACGGCCCGCCGCCUCCCCCGCAUCACAUGCUUCCGCCGUCGCAGCUGCUUGGCGGAAGAGGCGGAGCAGGGGAAGGGGGGCGCGGGUUUCCGCCGGGGAUUACGGAGUCGUCCAGGCGCGGGCAAUUUGGACCGCCGUUAGAUGGACCAGGGAGAAUGGACGGCAGGAUGGACGGCAGGAUGGAUGGCAGAAUGGAUGGCCGGAUGGAUGGCCGGAUGGAUGGCAGGAUGGAUGGCAGGAUGGACGGCAGGAUGGACGGCCGGAUGGACGGCAGGAUGGAUGGCAGGAUGGAUGGCAGGAUGGACGGCAGGAUGGACGGCAGGAUGGACGGCAGGAUGGACGGCAGGGGAGAUGGUCCGCCCAUGGGCCCCCCAGGUAGCCCCAUGCCCGGGCCGGGGGGACCUCCUCCCCCUAACACGCUUUACCAAGGCCCCGCGGGAAGGGGCGGGCGCGGAGGCGGACCGUUGGGCCCCGGGGGGAUGGGCGGGCCUGGUGGAAGAUUUGCGCCAGGUCCGCCGUUCAGCCCGGAAAUAGGCCCGCGCUUGGGCUCCCCGCCGCCCCCCCACAUAAACCCCGCCAGGGGCGCGGGGGGCGGAGGCGGAGGCGGAAAUAUGGGUCCCCCAGGUCCCUCUAACAGCUUUUCCCCAUCUAGAUCCCCGCACCCGCGAUACUCCAGACCGGGACCGAGGCGGGGAGCGGGAGAAGAGCCGCCGUCGCCGCUUAAUCAAGGUAUAGGCAGUCUAGACCACCGUAGUCCGAUGGGCGUGGGCAGGGGGGGAGGACAUUUGCGCCACCCGCAGCAGAACCGGCGGAACAGCUUAGAUCAGCGCAGCCCCAUGCACCCGCUGCGGGAUCCGCACCAGCAGGGGAGGAGAGCGGGGCCGGGGGGAAGGGGAGGAGGUGGCGGGGGAGGAGGAGGGGGACCAGGCGGAGGAGGCGGAGGCGGAGGAAACGGGGAGGGCGGCGGCGGAGGGAUGCCCCCUGGAGCGGGAGACAACGGCGGGCACUUUCCUCCGCCGUUUGAGCUUCCCCCAGGGCCGGCGGCGCGGAUGCUGGAUAGAAGGUUCCGCGGACCUUCCGCUGGGUGGAACCCUGGUCCGCUGGAUGAGCUAGAGGAGGGUCCCCCCGGCGCGGGGGGGCCAGGCGCGGAGUACAACGCGCAUGGGGGGUUUCCGCUUCAUGACCCCCCUCCCCCGCCCCCCCAUGGCCUCCCCCCACACGAGCUAGGGGGAUUUUACCUAGACGAGGGGAUGCCGCCCCCAGGCAUGCCCCCGCCCCCGCCGCCCCACCAUCUCCCCCCACACCAUGCGCGCGCGCAUCCCCCAGGGCCUCCGCACGGGCACGCGCCUUCCCCCGGGGGGCAUCCGCGGGGGGGGGGUCCGCCCCCUCCGCCGCAUCACGGGAUGGACGAUCCGAUUCUGGUGCUGGCGGCGGAAUUCCCGGAUUUCUCCAUGCAGAGCCUGGCGGACGCGUUUUUCGCGCAUGGGGCAGACCUAGGCGCGACCAUUGAGGCGCUGUGGCAGCUGCAGGUGCGCGGAAGGCGGUUGGGCGCAGGGGAAACGGGGGGGGCGGGCGGUCGGGGAAUGAGGGACUGGAGGGUUGGGGAGAUGGGCGGUUGGGGCAUGGGCGGUUGGGGGAAAGUCACACACCUGGUAUUUGCUGGUUCCCUCAUUGCUCUUCCUUAUUCCCACCGGGCAGGAUUACCAGGAGGACAGGGGCCUCUUGCCACUUUCUUAACGCUCUCUUCCAACCUGUGUUACCUGCUUCCUUGCCCCCUUGCCUCCUUGCUUCCUUGCCGCUGCCUCCUUGCCUUCCCUGCCCCCACCGCCCAGCAAUACCAAGAGGACGGGGACCCCUCGCUACACUCCGGCCCUCCCCGCUCAUCCCAACGCUCCCCCCCUCUCGGCUCUCUUUCGAACUUCGCCUCACCUCCGCCUCCCCAUCACUACUCCUCUGCUGCUGCUGCCGCCGCCGCUGCCGCUGCUGGUAGGACGGUUUCUGCUACUCAAUCCGCCUCCUCCGCCCACCCUCACCGUUUCAGCGCCCACAUAGGGAACUCCCCUGGGGGUCCUGGUGGGGUUGGUGAUUCUGCUGCUUCGGAUGGAGGUCCGGACGGUGGUCUGGAUCCGAGCCUCCUCUCCCGUUCCAUGCCGAACCUGAAACCGUUUGGCUCGGCCGGGCCUGGAGCUCCUGGGCUGGAUGAGAUGCCGUGGUGGGUUCGGCAGCAGCAGGGAGAGCAGGGGGGGGAGAAGCAGGGGUUUCAAGGAAACAGCGACACAUAUGCGAGCUUGUAUGGUGCUGGUGGUGCUGGUGGCGGGGGUUCAGUGUGGGAUAUGAGUCCGUGCAAGCCGGGGGGGUUUGAGGGAAGGCGAGGGGAAUACGAGGAGAAGCAACAGCAGCAGCAGCAGCAGCAGCUUCGUGGGGAGGAGAUGUUUCAGUUUGAAAGGGCGGGUCUUGACAUGGUGGGCUCGAAGGAGGGUCCACAUCCCCUCUCCCAUACUCUACCUGCUCGCACAGCCUCCCAGCCCUGCAACAAGUGGGCCCCUGACGCCAACACCAACCCCGAUCCACCGUCAAGCUUCAACCCCCGGAGGAGCCUUGACGUGGACGCGCUCGCAUAUGGCAUCAGGGAAAUACCCUCCGGCUCGCUCUCCGCCUUCUGGCCCUCUCCCGCCUCCCGGCAUGCAAAACGACCCGGCGCGGGUGUUGGAGCUGAGGGGCAUGCACGUGUCGAAUGCCGUGUGCCUGCUGCAGCAGGAGGUGGCUUCCCUGCGCUUUGCUGCUCAACGUACCAAGUCCCGCCAGCAGCUCUACGUGCGUGUGGGUUCAGGCCUCUACACCAGCGACCGUGCGCUGCAGCACAUGCCAGCAGUGGUGGAGCAGAGCAGUGGAAUACAGCUGCCCUGUCUCCCCCUUUCCCUCCCAUCUCCCUUCCCUCCCCUGCCCCCGUCCAGCUCUACGUGCGAGUGGGUUCAGGCCUCUACACCAGCGACCGUGUGCUGCAGCACAUGCCAGCAGUGGUGGAGCAGUAUUUGGUCGACCAGGAGGGUCUUCACGUGCUGGAGCCACAACCGGGUCUUCUAAGGCACAUGCCAGCAGUGGAGGAGCAGUAUCUGGUCGACCAGGAGGGGCUUCACGUGCUGGAGCCGCAGCCAGGGCUACUGCGAGUGUUCAUUGCAGCACAUGCCAGCAGUGGUGGAGCGGUAUUUGAUCGACCAGGAGGGGGUGCACGUGCUGGAGCCGCAACCGGGGCUACUGCAAGUGUUCAUUCUUGGGGGGGUGCAGCACAUGCCAGUAGUGGUGGAGCAGUAUUGGUCGACCAGGAGGGCCUUCACGUGAUGGAGCCACAGCCAGGCCUUUUGAGGGUGUUCAUGUGA